CAGAAAACUCAGUCAGGUUUAUGUCGUUUCCAUGGAGACGGCUUCCGUGCAGUGAUGGAGAGCUGAGAGACCACAGAGAGCCCCAAACCCAGUAUCGUUAACGAAAACCAGAGUCAUGACAGAGCCUGAUGAUAACGACCCCAAACAUACAGUCAGAGGUGAUUAGCCUAUUUUCAGCCACAUGAGGAGAAAUCCAGCCCCAGAUGGAUGGAUGGCUCCCACAGAGCGCUGAUCAUCGUGGGUUUACAUUGGUACCGUGUACCUGAGGAGAUGAGGGCGCCAAACCGGAAAUAGGAAAAGUGGUCUGUUGCUAGGAUACAAGGAGCUAACAAAACGGGGAUUGAUCCAGGUUCAGUGAAGCGGAUAUAUUUUCUGAUAAAUUUUCUUUAAAAUAUAAAAUAUGUUUUGACUUCUGUUAUUCAGCCCUGAGGUUCUGAAGUCUGCCUACUUUAGCUGUAGCUACUUAUUUCAACCAAACAAAUAAUAACUUUAAAAAAAUGGAUACGAUAAUAAAGGCACCGCAGGCCCUGAAAGCCAAAGUGAUGCUAUGGACGGAUGUAACCUACCAUGAUAUGGAGGAGAUCGACAAAAUACAAUCCAUUCCCGAUCUGGAGAGUGCUUUUUGCAGUGUGCUUGGAGUUGACCUCCCUGAGCCGAGAAAGGGAGUUCUUCUGGAGCUGUACGUUCAAACUGUGCUUUUCUGCAGGGAGCACAGCUUCAGUAAAGAGCAGACCUCUGCUCUCCUGUCCAUCAUCAAGUCCAUCCAUGAAGCCAACGUAGAGACUCCGCUCAAUAACUCGGAGGAGUGUUUCAAAUACUGCAGGGAGCUCCUGUUAUGCCACUCAGUCAGGCGGCCGCCAUUCAGCAUCAACCUCUUCAAAUCUGAGGAGGUUAACUGUGUUUUAACAUACAUCCACAACAACUACAUGAGACACUACAAACUGUACAAAUAUGUCUUUACGCCACAGGUAAAACUUGAUUUGUCUUUGAGCUAUUCUGGACCCCCUACUGUGGAGGAUUCUUCUGUGCCAGCAGCUGUUGAGGACGUGACAGAUACGGAAGCAGUUCCAAAGAAAGACGGGACAUCUUCUGAAACACAGCAAGCCUCCAUCACAGCCGCAGCAGGUGUCACGUCUGAGCUGAAGGCGCUCAUAGAGCAAGAAGUCAGAGAGCACAUGACUCGAGUGUCUGGGCAACUCGAUCAGCGGAUUAAAGAAAUAGCAUCUCAGCACAGUAGUGCUUUAGAUUCCUCGCAGAACCACAAAGCCAAAAAAUAACAUUUGAUAAAAGUCCUAAAAGUUCAAAUAAAACUCUCCCACAAAGCAACACGAUUAAAA